AUGGUCACCAUUCACAUUGAGCUUAUUUCUAAUUCAACGACGGCUGCAUUCGUAGCAGCUUUGCAACGAUUUGUUGCCCGACGCGGCAUUCCAACAGACAUGUACAGCGAUAAUGCUACAAAUUUCGCAGGGGCAAAUUCGGAGCUUCACGAACUCUACAAUCUACUGAGACAAGAGUUAACCUUGGAAGCCAUUCAAGAGUUUUGCCUGUGCCUGCCCAAGGAGAUUAAUUGGCACUUUAUUCCUCCUCGCUCGCCACACCUGGGUGGCUUAUGGGAGGCUGGCGUAAAAUCGGCUAAAUACCUAAUCAAGCGCACUGCGGGAGAUGCGAAGCUAACCGAAGAAGAAUGGAACACACUCUUGACGCAAAUUGAAGGGAAACUAAAUUCACGACCUCUUGUACCGCAAACAGCAGACCCAGACGACUACAACGUUAUAACACCCGGUCACUUGUUAAUUGGCCGUCCUCUCACAGCUAUUCCCGAGCCGUCGUAUGAUCACCUCAAACCCGGAACAUUGUCUAGGUGGCAACAUAUUCAAAAGAUGCGUGCUGACUUCUGGAGACGAUGGUCCACAGACUAUUUGUCCGAAUUGCAACAGCGCCGCAAAUGGUCCAAACAGCACACCGAGGUCAAAGUUGGUGAUUUGGUGAUACUCAAGAAGGACAAUAUCCCUCCUAUGCAGUGGAAGCUUAGCAGAGUGGUGGACACGCACCCAGGUCCGUAA